AUGGUCACAGAAGAACAUAUGAAAGUUGUUUCUGUUCUGCGGGCGGGAGGGCGGUCGGUCGCGCGAUUCCGGCGCGCGGCCGCGUGUAGCACCCGGUUCCGGCCCGGAUGCCGGCGCGGACGGCGCGUGCGGAGCAGAGAUCUAACCCUAGCUCCGGAUCUGGGACCGCCACGCCCUCCAGCUGCUCGACGGCAUGACCCGCCGCGAAUCCGCACCACCAUGAGCGACCACGGCCGCGGCAACGGCAACGGGGACGAGUACGGGCGGGCGAUGGCGCGCGCGGCGGUGGCGCAGGCGCUGGAAGCCGCGGGCUUCGACUGCACGCACCGCUCGGCCGUGGACGCGCUCGUCGACGUGCUCCUCCGCUACAUCACGCACCUGGGCCGCGCCGCCGCGUUCCACGCGAACCUGGCGGGCCGCACGCACGCCAACGAGUGCGACGUCAUCCAGUCGCUCGAGGAGAUCGGGGCCGACUUCGACGGCUUCGCGGGCGCCGGCACCCACUCCGCAACCCGCUGCCUGGCCGGGUCCGCCGUCGUGCGGGACCUCGCGGCCUUCGUCGACGCCAAGGACGAGCUGCCCUUCGCGCGCCCGCUGCCCCGCUUCCCCGUGCCCUGCGCGCCGCUGCCCGCGCCCAGCUUCGCGGCCGCCGGGCGGGACGCCGGGGGGUUGCGGCACGUGCCCGACUGGCUCCCCGCGUUCCCCGACCCGCACACCUACGUCCGCACCGAGGUCUGGAGCAAGCAGGCCGCCCGGGACCGGGUCGACAUGGUCGAGCAGGUGCGGCAGCGCCGCAAGGCCGAGAAAUCCCUGCUCAGCUUGCAGCAGCGGCUCGCCCUCGCCGGCGCCGACGGGUUCCGCCCAGCAAUUUCCAACCAUCCCACUACUCCUACACCAAAGGGAAAAGAGAUACAACUCGCUGGGACCAAGAGGAACCCGUUCCUCGAGCCCGCAUUGCCGCCCGGUUACAAUAAUGUUCCAGAGCUCGACAUGCCGCCGGAGCGAAAGAAGCUUUCUAUCCUCGAAGCGUUUGCGCCGGCGAUUCAGGGGGCGGAUGCCAUGGAGAUCGACUCUGGGACAGGCUGGGACCAGGGUCAGAACCGGAAGAGCAUCGUGCCGAAGGAGAGGGCACCCGUGCGCCUGAAGAUUGGCAUAGACAGGAAGCCGCUGGCCGCAGCCCUGAAUUCGCAGUCGGUGGAUUUGAGGGAGGAUCCCUCGUUUUUGAAGGAGGAAAUAAAGGAUGACCGCAAGCGGAGGGCUGGGAUGAUACUGAGGGCGUCGAUGGAGAACCCGCAGGAACUUCCCCAGCUUUAGUCUGGCUGCUGGAAGGACUGCAUUGCCCAGAAUGGUGGAGUUGCAUUAAGGGGAGCUGAAAUGUGGGAUUAGGGGAUCUAUAUGUGAUCAGUUCAGUUUAUGGUGGAUCUUCAGUUUGCGAAAUCUUGAGGCCAGGCAUCCAAUGAUGCAACCUUUACUGGAACAUCAACCUUGGUAGCCUGCACCCAGUCUCUCGUGUCAGCAUCAGCUUUGGGAUCCCCAGACACUGAUAGAUUUUGUAGUUCCUGCUUGUCCCUACACUCCCCUGGAAUGAAGCGAGCCUUUUUUCGCAAGGAGCUGAUUUUGGAGACAUCCAGAGCAUGAUGCUCCUCCUUUGUGUAGCUAGAAAGAUGGAGCGGGGAUGUUUGUACAAAAACUGACAUAAUUUUCCUGACCAAUGCCUCGUCUCAACAAGAUGGAUAUAUGUACUGAUUUGAUUGAUUUGUCUCUCGAUCCAAGCUAAUGGAGCUGCAUGAUUAGUACUGCUGCAAUUUGUAAUUGGAGCCUGUUGAUUAGUUUGCUGGAAGCUGUAACGGCACUGUACUAUAUCAUCAUUCUUUUGGCCUGUUUUCAGCUGUGUAACGAAUUUGAGCCGAGAAUCCCCAUUAUUCCAAAUACAAUGCAUCCUGGACUCC